CGUGGGAGCAUAAUGUUUGUCAAUACAUGCAUGUAUUUACAAAGUAGUUUUAUAACCUGACUGAUGACUCACUUUCUUGGAAGCUAUUGACCAUGGCCAUGCUGGUUGAACGAGCUAUUUAUAAAGACAUGACAUUAACGUGUACACAAAAUAUGAAACAAUUAUAACGGCCGAAAUGUUUUUAAAUUUGAAUAUUGCGUUUAACGAGGUUUUGACAAACUGAUGCUUACAGACAUGGAUAACACAGGAAUGGUCGAGCUAAGAGCGAAUACACGACUUCGUGAGCAUCUUUAUGAGCAGGCGGUUACUAAAUCCGAGUUUUGUGAUGUAACACUCGAGUUUGGGUCGCCGAAUAGAAUGAAGCAAACGGGAGCCCAUUGGUGUGUCUUGGUGCAUUGUCCCUAUUUUGAAUACAUGUAUCGUUUUUACGGCAAUAAACAAGAUACGGUUCGUGUGUACGACGAACACAUCGAAGCGAUUGACACUGCCAUUAAGUUUCUGUAUACAGUAAAUGCUACUUUUGAAAUUGACACUGUCGGAGAUGUCUUAAGUAUAGGACAAUAUUUUCAGAUGAGCGAAUUGUUAGAUAGUUGUGCAAGUUACCUUGCAAAUUUACGACGAUGUGAACAUAACUGUAUUAAAAUAUUUUUCAUAGCACGACAUUUCAAACUGCCAAUGUAUGAAGAUAUUGUCACGUACAUCAUCACCAAUCUAAUAUUUGUCAUUGAAUAUUCGCCCAACGGCCGGAAAAUAACAAGUACAGUCAUCAAAGAACUGAUCGGCCACAAGUCAGCGUGUACCAUAAGACCAUUUGUGUUGCGCAAUUUUUGUCGUAAAUGGCGAAAUUACGAUGAACAUAAUCGUCAUCGGGAAUACCUAGACUUGAUGGCUUUGCUGACAAACUUGACGACACUUUCAUGUGUUUCGAACACAGUGAUCACUGAUGUGAAAACACUUGAGGUUCUUAUGGUCAUAGCCAACAAACCAAGGAGUAUAUACGCGUAUGUUGUGGAAGAAGACCGAUGGAAGUUUGUAACGAAAUUGCCUUCGGCUUUAAGUCAAAGCUCUUUCUGGCGUGACGAAACAACUUUACUUGCAGUUGACCCGCAUGGGAAAUAUGCCUUUGCUUUGAAAAAUGAGUACACAAAAUCAUAUGUUAGUAAUAAUAUAAGCGUACGCAUUCACAAAUAUGAUUUGAACAGUGAGUCUUGGUCAGAACACAACCCGUCAUUGGUUUUCAAUGACUCAAACAUUAUACAAAUGCAAGUGAAUCGUGUAAUGUGGUUAAAUGGAAAGCUGCAUUUGGUAAUCACGACAUUAAAUGUUAUUUCAAAGCCGAAAAGAAUUAUGUUAUUGACAUGGAAGGAAGAAACAGGGACAUUUACAAAGUCGUUCCUUUUUAGAUUCAAUCCGCGCUCAACUGCCUUGGAAGAUGUUAACUCGUGCAUCUUAAACAACAAUUACAUCAGUGUAGUGUGCAGUGUCAAACGCUGUUCCGAAAGAGAAAUAAAACUUGUUGUGCAAGAUGUGAAGUCCAAGGAAGUUAAACUACUAAGGCCAGUAAGUAAAGAAGUGUAUGAUGGGAAAGCCUGCAAACUUCUUACAUUUCCAAACAACGAUGAUGUUUGUAUCGCCACUCUAGACAGUCCAUGGUAUACAAUUGUCAACGUAAAUACUGGAAAACUUGUACACAUUACCGAUUGGUUGUUCAAGGAACCAAAACAAGCUUUGUACACUCAAAUGGGUCGUUUCAUUUCGGGAAAUUUCGAGAAAUCCGUGUUCGUACUGGACAGUGAAAGUAAUCGGGGUUUUCAAUUUUAUUAUGGAUCGAAAACCUGGUAUAGAAUUCCAACCCUUGAGUACAAAGUUUGUAGUGGUGCGAUUGUUCAAGCCACCUUACCGUCAACUAUGCUGCAUAAAUUAUCUGACACUCUAAAGUGUGAAUGUAAACUUUAGGAAUUGUUAUGAAUAUGUACAACAAAUCCAACCAAA